UAUGAGAUGAGCUGUUGAUGCGCUUCCUUGGAUUGCGAUUGAACUGCGGGUGGCAAAUCGCUUUGUCCUUUACUCUUUACUCUCAGUUUGUCAGAGCUCCUUUGAUCAUUCCUCUCGGGUCUCUUACACAACUACAAUCCCUUCAAUCAACACUUCUUAGGAUGGCGUACGCGUGGUCCAACCGUGUCAAAUUCAUCGUUCGCUUCAUGUACGACACUGAUAACAAUGGUUAUCUCGAUCGAAACGAUUUCCAAUGUCUGGCGGUGAGGAACACACUCAUAGAAGGCAAAGGUCAAUGGUGCGAAGAUCGCUACCAGAAGAACCUCGAUAUCAUGAUGAACUUGUGGAACGAAAUCUCCGAUUUGGCCGACUUUAAUAAGGAUGGUGAAGUGUCUGUUGAGGAGUUUAAGCGAGGCAUUGAAGUGUCCUGCAAGGGAAAGAAAUAUGCUGACUUUCCCAAGGCCUUCAAGUUCUUCAUUGAUAGCUCGUUCCGAACCAUUGACAUUGACGGAGACGGCUGCAUUGGAUUGGAAGAAUACCGCUUCGAUUGUAUCAAGAGAAUGGCUUAUAAGUCGGUUGAAGAUUUGAACACCUCUUACAAGAAACUUUGCUCGGAGGAAGAUUUAAAGAACGGAGGUAUCUCCCUUACACGUUAUCAAGAACUCUAUUCUGAUUUCAUUGGAAACUCUGAGGCGGAUCUUCCUUCAAGCUACCUUUUUGGCCCCUUGGAGGUGUUGGAUUGAAGAUAAAGGCAACCACCAUUUUUGCUAACGUGCAGAACAACACGUUUAUUCAUGUUCACUUUUAAACGAAUCAAUUUAUUUGUGCCUGUGCCAAAAAUUCUUCCAAGCUCAAUAAAUCAUCGUUGGCCGUUGCAAGCAAACUAAA